AUGCAGCUCGGCGCCUUCGUAAUGAGAACGAGCAGCCUGCUCUCCCGGAUAGCAGCUUCCGCCAACUUCUCCCUCGAGUCUGAUCAGGAUCAGGCCACCUUCAACCGGGCCAUAAUCUCAUGGCUCAAAAACCCCGACUCGAGCCUACCCCAUGGCCACAUUACUGGUCUCUGCUGCUCCAGUCUUCUAUCGAUCCAGUUCCCCGACGAGUCCAGAGGCAGCGACGACCUCAUCCCCGAGUUUCGGAGUUUCGUACUAGCAGCAUCUCUAGCACACCGUGGACGGAGGAACAGCAGCAAGGGCAGCAGUAGCAGUAGCUCACGCCAAAAGCAGCAGGCAUAUCCCGCACGCCACGAAUCCCGAUCUCAUCUGAUCAGGAGGCUAGAUGCUGUCCUAACCCCCCAAUAUCUCUCUAGCCUUUCCUCGGAAUCUUGCCAGGUCCUCUUCCAUCUCGUGCUUGGAGCUGUAUUGGGAAUGGGACAUUCGCCAUCGCCUUCCACCACCACCUCCUCCUUCUUCAACUCCUCCUCGUCAUCGCGUGUCGCCCCUUCGAACCUCCUCAGCUCCGAGUUCCAGCAGAGUCCAACACUAUGGCUGUCCACCAAGAACCAGCUUAUCCGCACGCUUGCCCAGGAUCUUGUCUUCCUAGGAUCCAACAAGCUAGGGAUCAGCCUCGAGGGAACGGCGGAUCUGGAGAAGCUCAUCAUUGACAUGGCGACGAGCAGGUGGAACGAGAUGGAGUCGCGCAUCUGGGUUGAUAGCAUCGGUGCUGCCGAGAAGGCCCCAAAUUCGACUGGCCAAGGACCAGCACAGCAACAACCAAUGCCAUUAUCACCACUGUACUCCCCAAGUAGAUCCUGCUGCGAUAGCAAUAGCAAAAGAAGAAGACGCUUCUCUUCUUCCUCGACAGCCGACGACGACCUAGACCAAGACCAAGACCAAGACCAAGACCAAGACCGAAACCCGCCCUACUGGGAAGAUCCCCCACCUACUCCUCCUCCGCCCACCGUCGAGCCGACGCUCAUCCCCGUGAUGCCUCCAUCAUAUCACGAUUACCAGUUUCAGUUCCAAGUGCCCGGCCAGUAUGGUACAUCAUCGUCGUCGUCGUCGUGGUCGGAGAACCCAGCAUCGUACUUGGAGAUGACGGAUGAGCCCGAGAGUUAUUACCUGGCUACUGCGAACGAGAAUAAUAAGCGGGGGAGGGCAGCGGCAGCAGCAGAUUUGGCGGCGCCACCACCACCACCACCACCACCACCACCUGUGGCAGCAAUGCCGAGAUUUCGGUUCAUGGCGAAAAGUAAAAAGGCGAUCAAUGUGGGUGGUGCGGACGAUUGA